GGGAAGAUGGCUCUGUCUAGGGGGCUGCGGUGCUGCCAGCGGGUGCUCGCCUGGGUGCCGGUCGUUAUCAUCACCCUGGUGGUGCUCUGGUCCUACUACGCCUACGUGUGCGAGCUCUGCCUGGUAACUCUAACCAAUCCUGUAGAACAAGUGGCCUACCUCAUAGUAUUCCAUGUCAUCUUUGUGCUCUUUGUGUGGACAUACUGGAAGUCUGUUUUUACUCUUCCGCUGCAGCCAGAUAAAAAGUUCCAUAUGUCCUAUGCUGACAAAGAGCGCUAUGAAAAUGAAGAGAGACCGGAGGUGCAGAGGCAGAUUCUUGUCGAAAUUGCAAGGAAGUUGCCAGUGUACACAAGAACGGGGAAUGGAGCUAUUCGAUUCUGUGAUAGAUGCCAGCUAAUCAAGCCUGACCGUUGUCACCACUGUUCUGUUUGUGCUAUGUGUGUGUUAAAAAUGGAUCAUCAUUGCCCAUGGGUGAAUAACUGCGUUGGAUUUUCUAACUACAAAUUCUUUCUACUGUUUUUAAUGUAUUCUUUGUUGUAUUGCAUGUAUAUUGCUGCAACAGUCUUCAAGUAUGUCAUCAAGUAUUGGACAGACGAAUUGACCAAUGGACGUUCCAAGUUCCAUGUGCUUUUCCUUCUUUUUGUGGCAGUCAUGUUCUUUCUAAGCCUGAUGUUUCUCUUUGGCUACCACUGUUGGCUCGUCAGUAGAAAUAAGUCUACUUUGGAGGCAUUCUCAGCUCCAGUGUUUCAAAAUGGCCCAGAUAAAAAUGGAUUCAAUCUGGGCUUCGUAAAGAAUCUUCAGCAAGUGUUUGGAGAGGAAAAGAAGCUGUGGUUACUACCUGUUGUAUCCAGCAAGGGUGAUGGACAUUCCUUCCCUAUGAGAACAUUGUGUGAAGCUCAGAAUCCACUGCUAGCAAACGAAGAGCAGUGGGGAGAUGAUGGAUUAGAUGAAGAGAACCAUGGUUACCAUGAAGGUUCAUCUCUUGCCAUAGAAAUGGAGACAUAG